AUGGAAAAUGAUGAGUACAAAAGCGUGGAAAAUAAUGAGUACAAAAGUGUGGAAAAUAAUGGAGACGAAUUUUAUAGUAAUGCAGUUCAUUAUUGGUCCGAAAUACCCGCUACAUUAGAUGGAAUGCUGGGAGGUUUUGGUUUUAUUUCUCAAACCGACAUAAAGGGCUCGAAAAUGUUAUUAAAACAGUUAUUCAAUUCCAAAGAUCAUCCGGGAAGAGAUUACGCUUUGGAUUGCGGUGCAGGAAUAGGCAGAAUUAGUAAAUUUUUGUUAACAGACGUUUUCGAGAAAGUUGAUAUGGUAGAACAGAAUGAAGCUUUCCUCGAACAAGCGGAGAAAUAUUUAGGGCCAAAAUUUAGUAAAAUAGGUCAUUUUUACCCCCAGGGAUUGCAGAAUUUCCAACCAGAAGAGGGUAAAUACGAUGUCAUAUGGAUUCAAUGGGUUUUAGGUCAUUUGACUAAUAAAGAUUUAGUUAACUUUUUAUCUUCAUGCCGGUGUGGAUUGAAAAAAAAUGGUGUUAUUAUAGUUAAGGAAAACAUCACAUCUUCCGAUAGUAUCGAGAAAGAUGAACAAGAUUCUUCGGUGACGAGGCCUUUACGACACUACCAUAUUAUAUUUCAAAAAGCGAAAUUGCACUGUUAUAGGCAAGUGAAACAACACAAUUUCCCAAAAGGCCUAUUCCCAGUUUAUAUGUUUGUACUCAAACCAAAAGAAGACAUUACCAAUAGCUGUUCGGAAACUAAUUUAAUACUAGAAAACGAUGGAGUUUGUGAAAAUAUUGAACCUAAUAGUGAGAAGAAUAUUACCAGCGAUUUAGAAAAAAAAAUCGAGCUAACAAGAGUUGAUGAUGUAGAAGCACCUGAGGAAAAUAGCGUUAAGGAUUUGUUAAAAACCGAAUGUAUUAGUACUUAA